UGUGACAACCCAUAAGAGGGAAGCUCAAGCUUCACCCUGUCCAUACCCUGUGUGUCUGUCUAUCCUGCAGGCACUCUGGUCUCCUCCACCUAUCUAGAUGGGGGUAGUAGGAGGAAACGCCCUGACCCUCAUCCUCACAGCCCUGCUCUGCCUUGGACUGAGUCUGGGCCCCAGGAUCUAUGUGCAGGCAGGAUUCUAUGGUAAACCCACCCUCUCAGCUCUGCCAAGUCCUGUGGUGACCUCAGGAGGUUCGGUAACCCUCAAGUGUGCAUCAUGGCCAAAAUUUGACAAGUUCAUUCUGACUAAGGAAGGAGAAGAAAACCUGUCCUGGACCCGGGACUCACAGCAACACUUCUACGGGGAGUUUGAGGCCCUGUUCCCUGUGGGCCCCGUGACCCCCGGGAACAGGUGGACGUUCAGAUGCUAUGGUUAUCACAGGAACAAACCCCAGCUGCGGUCAGAACCCAGUGACCCCCUGGAGCUCCUGGUCUCAGGUGUGUCUAGGAAGCCCUCCCUCCUCGCCCCGCAGGGCCCUAUCCUGGCGCCUGGACAGAAUCUGACCCUCCAGUGUCGCUCUGAUGUUGGCUACAACAGAUUCGCACUGACCCAGGAUGAGGGACAUGUCCUCACCCAGAGCCCUGGCUGGCAGCCCCAGCCUGGGCUCUCUCAGGCCGACUUCCCCCUGGGCCCUAUGAGGGGCUCCCACGGGGGUCAGUACAGAUGCUACGGUGGAUACAACCUCUCCUCUGAGUGGUCAGCCCCCAGUGACCCCCUGGACAUCCUGAUCUCAGGACAACUCUUUCACAGAAUCUUCAUCUCGGUACAGCCAGGCCCCAUAGUGGCCUCAGGAGAGAAUGUGACCUUUGUGUGCCAGUCACACAGCCUGACAGUCACUUUUAUUCUGGCCAAGGAGGGGUCAAGCGAUCCCCCACUGCGCCUUAGAUCAAAGCUCGGAGCUGGACAGUACCAGGCUGAAUUCUCCAUUAGUCCUGUGACCUCAGCCCAUGGAGGGACCUACAGGUGCUAUGGCUCUCGCAGACGCUCCCUCUACCUGUUGUCACUGCCGAGCAACCCCUUGGAGCUCGUGGUCUCCGGAUCCUCUGUGCAGCCGAGCCCCCCACCCACAGAUCAGACCUCUAUAUCUGGCCAGAGAGAAGCUGAUCCCCCAGGCCUGCAGCAGAGGUCCAGUCCGGUUGCUCAUGUCCAGGAAGAAAGCCUCUAUGCUGCCAUGAAGGACACUCACAAGGAAGAUGGGGUGGAGCUGGAGAGUCAGGAUGUGAGCUACACCCAGCUGCACAGCUUGACCCUCAGGCAGGAGACACCUGAAAUUCCUUUGUCCCAGGAAGGAGACACUCCUGAGGAGCACAGAGUGUAUUCUGCUCUGGCCGUCCACUAGCCUUGGAGGGCCCCAGACCCCACACUGCACAGGCGGAGACUCAAAGACCAGGAAGGCCCAGGGGCUGCCCCAGUGGACACAAACUAAUGAACCCCAGCCUGGACCCCUAACAAAGACUACUAAGAGGUCCAGAGAUCCUUUGGGAGUCACCUGAUUAUGCAUCAGAGAUAAAUAAACCUCAUAUCUACAUUUUGGAAAUAAAAA